UGGGACGCUUUUUCCGUGAGGAAGUGGCUCGUCGGUGGGGUAGAAGGAGGAGAGAGGCGCUGGCCAGCUGGAGAGCAGGCGGGGCACGGAGUCCGGGGGGAGCGAGGGCGUGGGGCCAGAGGAGCGGCGCUCCGGGCCCCGCCGAGCCCGGCGCAGUGCGAGCAUGAGCGGCGGGGAUGGCGGUGGGGGCCGGGCGGGCGCCCUCAGCUACGGCCUCCCCUCCAUCCCCUCCAGCAAACUCCCGGACUUGCGUUUUAUCAGCCGGGGCGCUUACGGGACCGUGUCCGCCGCCCGCCACGCCGACUGGAGGGUCCCGGUGGCCCUCAAAUGCCUGCAGGGGCCGCUGCUAGACAGUGAUAGAAACCACCUUCUAAAAGAAGCAGAGAUAUUACACAAAGCCAGGUUUAGUUACAUUCUGCCAAUUUUGGGAAUCUGCAACGAGCCUGAAUUUCUGGGGAUAGUAACAGAAUACAUGACCAGUGGGUCAUUAAACCAGCUAUUGCAUGGGAAAGAUGUAUAUCCCGACAUUCCCUGGUGCCUGAGAUUCCGCAUUCUUUAUGAAAUUGCUUUGGGAGUAAACUAUUUGCACAACAUGAAUCCUCCAUUGCUGCACCAUGACUUAAAAACACAGAACAUUUUGCUGGACAAUGAGUUUCAUGUCAAGAUUGCAGAUUUUGGCAUGUCCAAAUGGCGUGUCAUAUCCAUGUCCCAGUCCCGAAGCGAGUCCUCCUUGCCGGAAGGAGGGACAAUUGUCUACAUGCCACCUGAGGAUUACAACCCCAGUCAGAAAACCCGGGCAAGUGUGAAACAUGACAUCUACAGCUAUGCAGUUAUUAUAUGGGAAGUGAUGUCAAGGAAACAGCCAUUUGAAGAAGUUAUAAACCCCUUGCAGAUAAUGUACAGCGUGUCACAAGGACAGCGACUAGACUUGAGUGAGGGAAGUCUAUCAAUGGACAUUCCUCAUCGAGGGCUUAUCAUAAGGCUGAUGGAAAGUGGAUGGGCGCAAAACCCAGAUGAAAGACCAUCGUUCUUAAAGUGUUUAAUAGACCUGGAGCCAGUUCUGCGAACAUUUGAUGAAAUAGCUAUGCUGGAAGCAGUACUUCUCUUAAAGAGAUCAAAGUCACUAUAUGAAUCACAAAGUAUUUACGAGAGUGGGAAGAAAGCAAAUGUGGAGCAGAUACCUCUAAAUAUACCUCUGAAUCCUGAAAAGCCAACAUAUUCUAGCUCCAUAGAGUGUGAGGCACUUCCCCUUCGGAGCAUCCCUCCAGAUACAUCAAAAUUCAAGUCUAUUGACCAGUGUAAUAUCCUUUCAUCAGAUGGAAAUUCUGGAUGUCUACACUCUCUUAGCAGCCAGAGCACAGAUGAAAAUCUGUCUGUAACUCAAAGUGCCAAACUCCUUGUGCAUCCAUACAGUGCUGGUCUCUCACUUGCCAGGGGUAUUUCAGAUGCCCCAAGUUCUGCAUCCCACAUGCUGCGGUCAUCACCGAUUCCUUCAGAUUUUGUAUUGGAAACCAUACAAAAGAAUGUAGCUCAUCAAUGGAUCCAAAGUAAAAGAGAAGAAAUUAUUGAUCAGAUGACUGAAGCAUGUUUGAAUCAAUCACUGGAUGCUCUUCUAUCAAGAUUUUUACUCAUGAAAGAAGAUUAUGAACUUAUAAGCACCAAACCUACAAGGACAUCAAAAGUACGACAGUUGCUUGAUACUUCAGACAGCCAAGGAGAGGAAUUUGCCAGAAUUAUAGUACAGAAGUUGAAAGAUAACAAACAGCUAGGACUUCAGCCUUAUCCAGAUAUUGUAUCUAAUUCUCAAAGACUGCAUCUUUAAAUUUAUUCUUUCUUUAUGAAGCCAUGUGAAUAUUUCUUACAACAUGAUUCUCGUUUCUAAUAUGGUAUUUUAUUUAUGUGCAGCUUUGUCUUUGCUGUGCCUUUGUAAGAGUGUCAGAAAUGACCCUGAGUUCUUCUAGCCUGCAUUUGGUCAGUAACCAAUUAAUAAUUUGGAGUGUAAUCAUAAAAACAAACACUUGACAGUUUCUGAUUUUGUAAAAAGUAUUUUGUUUAUACAUGACAAAAACAUUAAAGGUUCACCAUUUUACAUAUUUGGUGUUUAUACACAUCCUUUCCUUUCACCUCACAGGAUUGAGACACCUAAUCUUAACAUGGCAUGUUUGUUUUUCUCAUUCCAUCUGCUCUUUCUCACAGAGGAGGGAAAAAGAAAUCUAGGUGCUCUUUUCCAGGGCUGUUCUGCUGUGUGUAUAAUAAACUUCCUUCCUUAAGCCAUGCUGGUGUGCAUACAGGAGAGGGGUGGUAGGUGGGAGGAAGUUUAUAUUGCAUUUUUGCAGGACUUUUUAUUGUUUUGUUUUUGGCUUUUUUUCCCAUUUUGUUCCCAGAGCAAGUGCCUCAGACCACAGCAUAAGAAGAAUUUUAGUCCAAAGAGGAGCCCAAAGGGAUGUUGUGCUUGUCAUCUUUGUUCUGCUCAGAAGUGAUACAGGAGAAAGGCU